AUGCAUGCCAAGUCACAAACCCUGACCAAGGAAUUUGUGUUGCAAACUGUAGGACCAGGGCCGACUGGUGCGAACCACCUGAGAACUCAAGCCGUGUACAAAGACAACCAACCUGAGCCACGAGUGGGAGUACCCAAUCUUGCCAUCCCACCCAAUGCCGAGCUCCUGCACUCAGCAAGUGACCAUGUAGCUUCUGAGACGAAUGCGAAAGACCCUGUAACUGAAGUUCCUCAUGAAUCCAGCUUUGCAUCCGAUCCAACACAUGCCCUGUCGCCGACAGUGUACCGAACGGUAGGUGAUCAAUGUGGGGACGGCACAUCAGUGGUACCAGGCUAUCUCGAUAGCAACAACUCCGCACUGAGCCCUGCAGUAAAUCCAGAUGCAAAAGAUGUUUCUCCAGGCAAUGUCUUGGCAAAUCAUGUCACGCAGGUCAUGCAACCGACAGAAUCCAGACAUGCAGAAAACAAGGAAUAUCCCAAGAAGAUUCCCUAUGUUGCUGAUACCAUGGAUCAUCAGACCCAACAUGGGACAGCACCCGCCUUAUCCCCCUUUUUUCAGGCCAAGCCCCUUCCACGCUUAGGGUGUGGGGGCCCCACCCAUAACAUGGAUGCAGUGUGUCAUGAGGGAAAAGCUGGGGAACCAAAUCUCCAUUCCAAGGAUUCUGCCCAUGCCCUGCGUCCAGCAGUGUACCGUGAAGAACCUACUGCCAGUAGUAGGAGUCCGGAGAUUGACAAUUCAGAUCAACCACGAUUUGCCCAGGAAGGUUGGAUGGUCCCGCAGUCAAUUUCCCACACAGGUGACAAUGCAGACCAGCCAAGACCCACCCAGGAACGUUGGAUGACAUCGCCGCCAAUUUCCCACACAGGUAUGCCAGAAGCCCUGCCAAUGGCAGUGUAUCGGAACUUGGGAGAUGCCCAUCAGGAUGACUUCACUCGAAAUUUGCAUGCCAACGAGGCAUCCAGUAGCUGCCGUAACCUCAACACAGUAGCUGAUCCAAUGCAUGCCGCCAUUCAUGACCCGCCCACCCUCUUUCAGGCCAAGCCCCUUCCACGCUUAGGGUGUGGGGGCCCCUCCCCAUUUGGAGAUUCACAUGUGACUGCCACUGAACUGGACUCCAACCAGGAUGAUGAAAAUACCGAGCUUUCAGGUGAAGCCAGAAAUGAUCAUGCUGCCAAACGGCACUGCACGGGCCCCAGGGAUGACACUUGCUCUCAUGGUCAUGUUGGCCAAUUGAUCAAACAAGAAGACAUGCAGUCACAGGAAGUGGACCUUGACCCUGAGGAAAGCACUAACGUCCACCAGCCGGAAGGUACCCAUUCCCCAAUCACGGUAGGAUCUGAGACUCCCACCAUUCCGGAUUCCAUCCAGCUCCAGCCGGUGCUGAAAGGAUCAAUCCAUUGGCAACAAUACCAUGAGAUAUUUUGGUUUGCAGCGGACAUUCCAGGAACGCAUCUUGAGAGAGUAUGGGAAUUGGGGCCCUGCUGCACCUUUAGUGACUGGCAAGAGACCACCAUUGCCAGCCUGGAUCCGACCAAAGCGAAGUUGCAAGAUGAGACAUCCGUCGCACUGCCAAGAAACUGUGCUCAGGUCUUGAUUGAUGAUGAAUUGACUCUCCUCAAAGUUGAGCCCCAGGUGCCCCUGUUGGAACAGCAACACAUCCAGACCUUGUCAGGGGUCUUAUAUGACCAGUUUGGACCCUUGUCAGCAGGACAAACCACUGACUACGGCACUUUGUUGUUCAUGGAGCCAUUGACGCAUGGAGUCAACUCACGAGAGUUAGUCUUUGUCUUGGCAGCGUUCACACAGACCAGCAUGACAUGGCACGUUUGCAAACAGACCAAUCAAAUCUAUGCCAGUUUCGAUGGACCAAAACCUGCAGUGGAUUUCAUGUGUCAAUUCUUCUCUUUUGCCCUGACAGCACACUCACUCAACAUGUUGGGGAGGAAGGCUGAGAAGAAUAACAAUGGAGAUUUAACUUUCCGACCAACCCGAGAAAAUGGAGUUGCACCACCGAACUCAUUUCUCAUCGCCAUAUCCAUUGCAGCAGCAAGGACGCUCUUGGACUCCCUUGAAACGGAUGAACACCAGGAACCUGCCAGACUUGUCACACUCAAAUGGGCAGGAAGACCAGUGUGGCAUGGAAAGCUUUUGUCAUCCACCAACCUGGGUACCAUUGAAUGCAUCCUGAGAUAUUGCUUUGCACCAUGGGGCUUCACAACGGCAUUCCGCAUGAUUUGCCAAGGACAGCAAGUCCCUAUGGAAAUGAACAUUGCAUCGCUCCCUGGAGAUCCCAAAAGGAAAGAUCUGCUGAUCCAUGCAGUCAUGGCCAUUCGUGGAGGUGGACAGGGUACCAAGAUGCAACAGCGAGCAGUCCAACAGAACGCACUUGCCAGCACCCUUCUUGACCAUGGAUUCAACCUUGCCUGGACUACCAAAACAGUUGACACAAUCAUGGACAAGUAUGGCUUAGGCAAGCUCCAAACCAUCAAUGCACAGCCAAUGGGUGGUGCCAAGAUCCAGGCCAUUCUGCAGUUAUGCAAAGACGCAGGAAUCACCAUCCCAGACCUUGGUAAGUCAAAGUCAGGCAAUGAGCUGCCUGGGUCCGCCAGUCAGAAGAGGAAAAACGCCGAAGUGUGGGUGAGAGAGGGACAGAAGAUUAGUGCCGAUGAACUAGGAGUGCUUGUAGUUGGCCCAAUCAAUGUGCAUAGUGCCCUGGUUUCGGAAGAAGUCACUUUUCCGUGUCUCAACAAUGACCAUCAAAUGGUGCUCAUCAAUGCCACGAUGAUCCAGCUUGGAGCAAAGGCCAUUCAGCACAAGCAAGGUGAUCCGAAACAAGUACCAUCGGAAACCUGUAGUCUCGUAGCGGUUACCAUGUACAGGGAAGAUUGGCAAGAGGAUGACUGGAGGUCAAUCACCACCAACCCGGUGACAUUUGUGAGAAAGCAGUUGGAAUCAGAAGGCCUGUCCAUGGGCAUCCAAGCGGUUUGGGGCAAAUCCUUGCGUCAUAAUCGCUCACCUGCAACCCCGAUCCAAGCCAUGACUGUUCAGGUACAUAUGACGGUAGAGGAUGCCAUGAUGGAAAGACUUCUCAUCAGGUCAGGUUUCAACCGUUUGUUCCUCACGCCAAAGACACAGGUUGGUAGGUUGAAUCCGGCAUACAAAGUCAUUUGGAUCCCUGGUGAUGUUCCAAAGAUCACAUCACUCUCCACCAAGUGCCAGGCUUGCGUUGGCCUAGUGAGGGGUAGACAAGGUAAGGGUUAUGGAUUGAGAUUCCACCAGGACAAAUAUGACGCAGCAUGGGCAGUUUUGAUGCCGGGAGUCACCCCCCCCCAAAACACACCAGGGGAUAAAGUGUACAAGCUGCAGAACCUCCCUUUUGGUUGCACGAAGCUUAUGUUGCAGAACUGGGUUGAGACAAUGAAGUGGGAUGCAUGCCCCAUCCGUGCCCUUGGACCACAAACCUGGUUGGUUCGAGCAGAGGCUGACAUUCCUGAAGGCAUCUCAAUGUUCAAUUCAAACCCCAUCCUAGCCAGAUUGCUGCCGCCGAGGGACCAGCAAGGUCCAGAGAAGAUAUUGUUAGGCCCUCGCCCCAAGCCACAAGCAACUGCACAUGCUGAUCCCUGGCACUUGGAAUUGGGUCAAGAUCCAUGGGCAAACUAUGGCCCACACAAGGGUGUAUCCAAAACAACAAGCUCAGCCAUGCCACCACAACAGGGGCCCACAGAGAAAAGGUUCCUGGAGCAGGAUGCCAAGAUUGCCACGAUGCAGGCCAGCAUUGACCAGUUGACGCAGGCACAGGCAGUCCACACAAAGCAUGUGGAAAGCCAACUCAAACAAGCAGCCCAACGUGAGCAGGACAACCUUUGCAAAAUGGACAAAGCGCUCAAGCAUAUUGAGCAUACCGUUGAUACUGCUCUCACGAAAUCAAUGCAUCAUUACCAAGCAACGAUGGACGAGAAGUUCCAGGAGCUCAAACAUCUGUUCAUGAACAACAAAAGAUCAGCACCAGCCGAUGCUGAGGACAUGGAUGAUUGA